UUUUUGAGAAUUUUAAUUUUGUCUAUUAGGAGCUCUGACCUUGAGAGGCAUAGAACAGGGUAGCUGUGUCUGUUCAUCCUAAUCUGAACUAGGGUUUGUGUAAUUUCAGUAGAGAUUAUAUGGUUGAGGAGCUUUGCUGAAUUCAGGGCAUAGCAUAGCAUAUACUUAUGUUUUUGGAAACGUGAAGAAUGUCUGAUAUUGCUCUUCAUCUACUGUUUAGAGCUUAUGCUUCAUUGUGUUAGAAGUGGACAAGGUGGAGAAGGAUGAAUGCUCAGGCACACUUGCCAGGACAUAUCUCUGGGCAGGUGCCUAAUUAGCCUUCCCAGAUGCAUAACUUUGGAGGACAUAACUUGGAUCCUGAUCUCUCAGCAAAACGCUUGCUCGUUUGUGAUCAUAUGGCGAGAAGGAGGGUAGGUUUUCAAUUUAUGUACAUUCGAGGCCUGGGUUUCUACUCAAUAAAGACACAACAAGGUCUGCUUACUUUUAUGGCCGUUAGGUCAACAACGAUAUACAGGUGGACUGGGGUGAAUCAAGCAUGAUUGAAGCAAAGCGUAUUUUGCUUAGAAAUGCACUCAAGGAUCCAUUUAAUGUGAGAUUUGCUUUUGUAUCUGAUAGUUGCAUACCACUAUAUAAUUUCAGUUAUAUAUAUGACUACAUAAUGUCAACAUCAACAAGCUACCUAGACAGGUACUUGAUGCUUCUAGUGCUCAACAAACGCUGUGUGGGAAUAAUCAUUCUCAUGAAUCAAGUCAUCAAGCAAAUCCAAAUGCAUCAAGUGAUGCAGUUUAGAAGAUGACAUCAGUUCUACUUGGGAAAAUUCUUAUUGCUUUAUUGGGUUGUUAGUCAAGAUUGAAUGGUGGUUUAUUUUUGGACAUAUACCUUAUAAACAUAUGUUUAAGGUGAUGUAAAAGUUUUUCUUUUUUAUUUCUAGUGGAAUGUUUUUGUGUUUUUUUAA